AAUGAAGGUAAGAUGAUGAGGAUGAGUCAAAAAAAUGAAGGUAAACAGGCUAUUUAAAGUUAUCCAUCGGUAGGUAGAUUGAGAGUGAUUAACACUUCGAACCUUCAUUUGAGUGAAAAUUUCUUUCCAUUUUGCUUAAGAAGGCAAUGAUGAUGAUGAAGUGAUGAGCUGGGAGAGGUUGAAACCAGUUUUAGUCGACACCAAACACGAAUCCGAUCUAGAUCAAGACCCGAAAAUCAUUUUCAGCCUCAACAGCUUUAAUUUCUUUUGCUUCUUCUUCUUGUCAACUUGUAAUCUUUCUUUGUCUUCCUUUUAAUUUCUUUAAUCAUUGACCGAUAGACAAAUCCUUUUAAAAAUCAUGUUUCAUAAAUCAUCCAUAUCAGAUUUUUCUUGAUGCUUUAGUAUGACUUGCUUAGUCUAUUGAUUCUUUAGUCUCAAUCUUUUCAACCCACGGUUAGGUUUCUUAAGACAACACAAUGUUUCAAUGCAUCCUUUGUCUUGAGAGGAUUCCCGCUGCAAUUUUUACUUACUUGUUUUGGUCAAACCUUUGAGUUCAGUUUACAAGGUAACAUUUCCGGUUUGGUCAGCUAACCUUUCAGUGACUCAAAAUGGAUAAGAAUAACCAUGAUUUCGAUAAAACUACAAUAAGAGUAGAGUUAUCGGAUGCUUACCAGGAUAUUAUUAUUGAUUGGUCAAAGGAAAUGGAUGAUAUAGUGAAAGAAAUGUUCAGACAGAUGGCAGAAUUCACUGGAAUGCCAAUAGAAAAGACUUGGGCUAUUAUAUUCAUUAAGCCACCUAUUGGAAACGGUGUUCACCCAGAAAACCCUUUUUUUGAUGCUGCUGCAGGCACAGCAUAUUUUCAUUUUGACAACUCGGAUCUCAGGCCUUUAAACGGCAACAGUCGGUAUACAAAGGAAGAUAUAAGAUAUAAAUUCUUUGGAGAUGACAAUUGUUUUGCUCUCAAUACAAAUAUGGAUACCACAUUAACUAUGGAUCGUCUUGACGUGAAUCAUUUAUUAGUUCAUCGCGAUUUGAUUGAUGAAACUGAAUGCAACAUGUUUUGUCACCAUUCAAGUAACAGAGCUUUUUUGGAUAAACAAGCUAAAAUAAUGAAUUCAAACAUUGAAACAUAUCUGAGAGAUCAGCCUCGUCCAUUUACUGAUAAUAUAGACGAAAUUUAUCUCCUUGACAACCCAAUGCAUGAUGUUUUCGUUACUAGAAAAAGAGAGAUUCUUGCAGAUUUGAAUAUUGGACAAUAUUUUGAUUCAUAUUGUAAGAUACUUCAUUCAGAUUCAAGACCUCGUAUCUACUGGCCGAAUCGUGGUUAAAAUAUGGUUUCAUUUUCAGUAAAUUUUGUUUGUCACAGAUUUACUUCAACGUACUUCUGUCAUGUUAACAGAAAAAAAAAUGAUUUCAUAUCAAACUGAAAUCGAUAAAAAUGCAAAUACAUGUAAAAAAAUAAAAUUCGUUUCAUUCAAUAAUAAAAAACAAACUUUUAAACUAAA